AGGCCUACCUUCUUUGUGUGGUCACUCUCUGCUUAAGCCUGAAGCUUGAGCUCACUCACCUCUCUCACUGGCUCUCGCACUCAAGCUCUCUCCCUCUCUCGUCUCCGGUCUCCCAUCAAGCUCGUCGUCGGUCUCUGUGUUGUCAAUCGUCACCCUCUCGCACUGGGUCGCGCUCGCGUCCCUUCCCUGCGCUCGUCGUCGCCAGCAGCAGAAGCAGCAGGUCCCGUCUGGUCGUCUUCGUCGCUCACCGUCUCGCACUCAGUCGCGCGCCUUCCUUCCGCUCUCGGCGUCAGAGGCAGAAGCAGAAGGUCCUGGGGCUGGUCGUCGUUGUCGUCUUCUGUCUCGCCGUCAGCUUCUUUCGUGCAACCCAAACCGAUUUGUGACCCACCGGUUGAACCAGUGACCCAGUUGUAUGACCAGGUCAACUACCGGUCCGGUUCUGACCUGCUUCUGUUUGGCAGUGGCCUUUACUCGUCGCUGUGCUUUACCGCCGCCGUGGCCUCUCUCUUGGUUGCAGCCAGCGCUGCCAUCCCAAGCACCGCGAUGUCUCCUCCUUCUCUUUCCAAACCCUCCUUUCUCAUUCAACCCUCCAAUAUCCCAACAACCUCACUCUCCCUCUCCGCUUCUUCUUCCUACGAUGCACCAAUCUCUACACCAACCCCCAUUUUCCUCCCUUAUCUCCAACAGCAAGAGGAAGAUGUUGAGGCUAUAGAAAUAAUACAUGAAGAACAAAAAGAAGCACAAGAAGAAGAGCAACCCUGUGACCCAAUCUAUAAAUUCUUCAAAGAAAGGACUUUGGUUCCUUCACAAGACCCUCUAACUCAAGGCAAAUUGACCCUCCAGAAGAACCGUCGAAUUUCUUGGCACCUUGCUGUGGAUACCGCCCUUGACUCUGAUGAACAACAAGAGGAAGAAAUUGAGAUGGGUUUGGACCAAGUUCCAUUUAGUAUUGAGGAAGAAGAAGGUGAAGACAACAAAAUCGAGUGGAAGAAGGAACUCCCACAGGGCAUUGUUGGAGAAAUUGUUCAUCUGGCAAGGAACCUCCCUGAGAAUUUGACACUUGAAGAGGCUUUGGACAAAGGCUUUGAGGGGAGGGUCAGUGAGGAAGAUUGCUGGGAGGUUCUUGAAGUUCUUGAGGAGGAGAAGCUUAUAUUAUGUUGCUUGUACUUCUUUCAGUGGAUGAGGUCUCAGGAGCCUUCGCUUGUUACACCGCGCUCGUGUACUGUGUUGUUCCCGGCAUUGGGGCGGGCGAGGAUGGGUGAUAAGUUGAUGGUUUUGUUCAGGAACUUGCCAUCCACAACGGAGUUCAAAGAUGUUCAUGUUUAUAAUGCUGCAAUUUCAGGCCUUCUGGAUGGUGGCAGGUAUGAAGAUGCUUGGAAGGUGUACGAGGUAAUGGAAACUGAAAAUAUUCGACCAGAUCAUGUUACGUGCUCUAUUAUGAUUGUCCUUAUGAGAACACUUGGCCAUAGUGCGAAAGAUGCAUGGCAGUUUUUUGAGAAAAUGAACAGAAAAGGGGUCCAAUGGUCUGAAGAAGUUUUAGGUGCAUUAAUAAAGUCAUUUUGUGUUGAGGGUCUAGUGAAUGAAGCUCUCAUCAUCCAAAUCGAAAUGGAGAAGAAAGGGAUCUCUCCAAAUGCAAUUGUGUAUAACACUCUGAUGGAUGCAUAUUGUAAAUCCAAUCAUGUAGAAGAAGCUGAAGGCCUUUUUGUUGAGAUGAAAUCUAAAGGGAUUAAGCCUACUGAGGCUACCUUCAACAUUCUAAUGCAUGCAUACAGCAGAAGAAUGCAGCCGAAGAUUGUGGAAAAGCUUCUGGAAGAAAUGCAGGAUGUUGGCUUGAAGCCAAAUGUGAAAUCAUAUACUUGUGUAAUUAGCGCAUAUGGGAAGCAGAAAAAGAUGUGUGACAUGGCCUCCGAUGCAUUCUUGAAGAUGAAGAAAGUUGGCAUACAACCCACUUCACAUUCUUAUACAGCUCUGAUACAUGCGUAUUCAAUUAGUGGCUGGCAUGAGAAAGCUUAUGCUGCAUAUGAAAGCAUGCAAAGGGAAGGAAUCAAACCUUCCAUAGAAACCUACACUGCUUUACUAGAUGCAUUUAGGCGUGCCGGCGACACCCAAACUUUGAUGAAAAUAUGGAAGUUGAUGAUGCUCGACAAAAUUGAAGGAACACGUGUUACGUUCAACAUUCUUGUUGAUGGUUUUGCUAAACAAGGUCGAUACAUGGAAGCAAGAGAUGUCAUUUCCGAAUUCGGGAAAAUGGGAUUACACCCAACAGUGAUGACAUACAAUAUGCUGAUGAAUGCAUAUGCACGAGGAGGGCGACAUUCAAAGCUGCCUCAGUUGUUGAAAGAGAUGGAAAAUCUCAACUUAAAACCAGAUUCUGUCACCUAUUCGACUAUGAUAUAUGCCUAUGUUCGCGUCCGAGAUUUUAAGCGUGCAUUCUUUUACCACAAGCAGAUGGUCAAGACUAGGCAGGUACCAGAUUUGGCUUCAUACCAGAAGCUUCGGUCGAUUCUUGAUGUAAAAGCUGCAAAGAAGAAUAGGAAGGAUAGGAGUGCCUUGGUUGGUAUAGUUAAUAGUAAGAUGGGCAUCACAAAAGUAAAAAGACAGAAAGAUGAGUUUUGGAAGCAUAGGAAGAAACAUGUAACGAAACGUAGUGCUGAUGCUAGUGCCCAGUGAAUGUAAGUUCAAUUUGACGCUUUUAUUUCUCAGAAGGAAUGACAUUGGAAGCAUCUUGAAUUCAAUUUUAGUCGGUACAUGUUAUUAUCAUACAUAACCUCUUCAAUCAACCAUGUUCUUAUUUAUUCUGGGGGCACCUUUAUCGUUUCAGGAAGUUGUAUGCCGAAGGGAUCUUGUUAAGCAAUCACAUAUUCAUCUUGAUUUCAUACAUUUUUUAAUGGAAGGGGUUGACAGUUGAGGAUAUUUUUUAUUUUUUUUUUUCAAUUUUAUUUUUUGAAUGUAGGCCACUAAUUCGUUAAGCUCUGUUAGAAUUCAACUUAUAAAAAUCCCACGGGAGAUAUUAGGUUUGGAUUCUCUUUGUACAAGACUUGAACUGAAAUACUUGAUUUAAGGGGUACCAAACGACUUUUUAUUUUUGGA